UCUGAGCUGUAGGCAUCAUUACCAGCUGAUAUUUUCUUUCCUCAGGACCAGCUGUUCAGAGCAUCCCGGACUAGAGCCAGGAGCAUUUGAAACUUGGAUCUAACUAAAAACUGCCGCACGUUCUUGUGCAGCGAUGUCAGUGUUAGAAGAAAGCCGACCAUUUGCCCAACAGUUAUCCAAUGUCUACUUUACAAUACUUUCACUUUUCUGUUUUAAGCUUUUUGUGAAAAUCAGCCUUGCCAUCCUUAGUCAUUUCUGCAUUGUGAAGGGCAACCGCAAAGAAGCAGCAAGGAUAGCAGCUGAAUUUUAUGGAGUAACCCAAGGACAAGGUUCCUGGGCAGAUCGAUCACCACUCCAUGAAGCAGCAAGUCAAGGUCGUCUUCUUGCUCUAAGAACAUUAUUAUCACAGGGCUAUAACGUAAAUGCAGUAACCAUAGACCAUGUCACCCCGUUGCACGAAGCCUGCCUCGGAGACCACGUGGCUUGUGCCAGGACUCUGCUGGAAGCUGGAGCCAACGUGAAUGCGAUCACCAUAGAUGGCGUGACUCCGUUAUUCAAUGCGUGCUCCCAAGGCAGUACAAGUUGCACAGAACUUCUCUUGGAAUAUGGUGCCAAGGCCCAGCUGGAGUCAUGUCUUCCUUCUCCCACACAUGAGGCUGCCAGUAAAGGUCACCAUGAAUGCUUAGAGAUAUUGAUAUCCUGGGACGUAGAUGUUGACCAGGACAUUCCUCAUCUCGGAACUCCUCUCUAUGUGGCUUGUAUGUCACAGCAAUUCCAUUGCAUCAGGAAACUUCUCUAUGCUGGGGCUGAUGUACAGAAAGGCAGAUAUUGGGAUACCCCAUUACACGCUGCUGCUCAGCAAUCCAGUAUAGAAAUUGUAAACUUACUGCUAGAAUUUGGAGCAGAUAUCAAUGCGAAAAACACUGAGCUUCUGCGACCUAUAGAUGUAGCUACUUCUAACACUUUGGUGGAAAGAUUACUGCUUCAACACGAAGCUAUGCCAAGCUCUCUUUGCCAACUUUGCCGACUCUGUAUCCGAAACUACAUAGGAAGAUCAAGAUUGCACCUUAUCCCACAACUCGAGCUACCCACGUUACUGCAGAAUUUCUUACAGUACCGAUAAAUCAGUAAAAUAAUCCUACCUACUUUGAAAAUCAAAAAUUUCCAUUUUAUCUGUGCAUUGAAUAUUUCAUAUUAAAAUAUGCUAAAGAUAGGGUAAAAUUGAGUAUGAGGACACCCAGGGACAAGGUGGAAUAUCAAAUUUCAUUCAAAAUAAACUAGUUAGUAGUAUUGAUUUAGGCAUUUUAUAACCUUUGGACUAUAGUAUAUUUUAAAUAUCAAUAUUUUAUCAUAAAAAAUUAGACUUUCCCCACUUUAGGUUGUUUUUAGUGUGCAAAAGAAAAUAUGUGAGCUCUUACUAAAAUUAUUAAAUUAUAUUUUUAAAGAUCUGUAUCUUCAAAUUAUGUGUUAAAAUCUUAUUUUUUUGCCUCUAAGUGAUUACCUCUGUAUUUUAAAUACUAAUACAAAUAUAUAAGUAAAGUUUAGGAAAAAAUAACCAAGACCCUUUUUGAAAUAAGAAGAUUCUCAUUCAGAAAAUCCACUAUGUUGAAUGUGCACUUAUUAUAGUGAUCAAUUCAUAAAGAAAAGAUAAAAUGACCCCUUCCUUAAAAAAACUCACAAGUCACUUCACCACUUUCACAAACUGUUACAGAGAUUGGUAGGACUAAAAGUCAAUACCCUCCUCUUACCUUGAGAUGUUUAGAACAUCAUAUAUUUACUAAAGCUGUUUUAAGACCUCUGUCUUCUUAAGAAGUAGCCUCUUAAGUUUUCUCUUCAGUGCCUUUAUAUACAUCACUCCAGCCUUCUUCCAUUUCAGAAAUUGUCAGUAGCUAAUGUUCACCUUGAAUGAAGAAAAUGAACUUCAUAUCUAAUUAAUAAAGAUACCUAUGUCCCAUUCCAGGGCUCAGGUCUGCACAGGGCUGCAGAUAACAGAAGAUUAAAAACAAACAAAUAAACAAAAUCUCAUUAAAAUGUGGUUUUUAAUGAAAAUAUAAAGGGGGUGCCACUUAAGCUUAAGAACUUAAAAAUUUUACCCUGUAUAUAGACUUUAAUAAAGAUGUUUCUAAUUAUUUUUACACAAAGUGAGAGUUCAGAAUAGACUAUAUUUGCAAGUGAUAACAAAUAAUGUGUUGUAUAAAAGAAAAUAGUACUGAACUAGUGCUCUCUGCAAGGAUCAAUGAUAUAUUUAUCCUCUUUAGCUUUAACUGUACUUGGUGCAAUUUAAAAUAUAAUAAAAAGUUUUUGCAUGCUGACUUUGUAAUUUAGACUAGAUUUGAGACUAAUAAGGAUUUACAAUUGAGAUAAGAUACUUAGAAUUCUGUGUAAAGUAAAAAAAUAUUUUGAUUGUUUUCAUAAAUUUUAUCAAAUUUUGGUAACAUAAAUAUUUGACCAAUAUUUUAAUAACCCAGGGGCCUAUUUUCUUCUCCUCUUGGUUCUUGGCUGUUUUCUGGCAAUCCUGGGGAAAUGAACUAUUAUUGUAUAUAACCCCAAAGUCACUAAGAUUGAACUUUUUUAAAACGUGUGAUUAAGAACAUCUGAUUCAAUUUUGAAAGCUAGAAUAAAAGCUUUAGCACAUUUGUUAAACAGUAACUUCUAUGUGGCUAGGAACUUUUACAAAAUACCUCACUUAACACUUUCAAAUUGCAUUAAAAUGGAUUUUUAUUAUAGAACAAACAUUGUAUAUCAUUAGCUAUUAAAGCUGCUUUUUAAUUAAUCACAUUUCUACUAAUAUUUUCCCUGAGCUUGAGGCAAAAUCUUAGACUGAAUAUAAGAGUAAUGUGACACAACUUUCUUCACUGGUCUUGUGCCAAUAAAAGAAAUAAAUAUCAGAUAUCAAAAUAGACACUUUAAAAGUUCAGUAUAUCUGUAAUUGUCUUUCAGCUUGAAUAUGAUUGCCUUAUCAGAGAAUUGUUUUAAUUCAAAUGUAACAUAAAAAGUUUGUUAGUAUUUGGAGUGUGAUUAUUAUGCUUUGGA